AUGAGUGUGUCUGAAGUUGAGAAAAAAGUUAGUGAUUUGUCUGUUAAAGCGGAACUGAAGGAGGGCACCGGUGAGGUUACGGCCGACAAAGCUGCCAUUUGCAAUGGUAAGGGCAAGGAAGAUAAGCCGCAGAAAAAGUCCAAGCAGCAAUCAUUGUACUUGGAUCCAUUGCCAGGGUUUAUCAAUGAAAGACUUACAAUGUUUGAUGAUUUGCAGAAGAAGUACAACGAGAAGGUAGCGUCGAUGCCACAUGUGCCAAUUAAGGUUGUAUUGAAGGACGGUUCUGUCAAAGAAGCAACAUCCUGGGAAACAACUCCAAUGGACAUCGCGAAAGACAUCUCGAAGUCUCUCUCUGAAAAAGUCUGUAUCUCGAAAGUGAACGGUCAAUUGUGGGAUUUAGAGAGACCUUUUGAAAGUGAAGAGGAAGGUCAAGAGAUCAAGUUAGAAUUGCUUGAUUUUGAGAGUCAAGAGGGUCAAAAGGUGUUUUGGCACUCUUCUGCGCAUGUUUUGGGUGAAGCUUGUGAAUGUAACAUGGGUGCCCAUAUCUGCCUAGGUCCACCUACCGAAGAUGGCUUCUUUUACGAAUUUGCCCUCAAAGAUAGCAUGGAUCCAAACGAUUCAAAUGAAAGAACUAUAUCUCAGAGUGACUUUCCAAACCUAGAAGGUGUCGCGAAGAAUGUCAUAAAGCAGAAACAGAAAUUUGAAAGAUUGGUUGUGUCAAAAGAAGACUUAUUGAAGAUGUUCUAUUAUUCAAAAUAUAAGAAAUAUUUGAUCAACACAAAGAUCCCAGAUGGUGGAUCUACCACUGUUUACCGUUGUGGCUCUUUGAUCGAUUUGUGUACUGGUCCACACAUUCCACAUACUGGUCGUAUCAAAUCCUUCAAGCUGUUAAAAAAUUCUUCUUGUUAUUUCUUGGGAGACGCAAAUAACGAUUCGUUACAGAGAAUUUACGGUAUUGCAUUCCCUGAUAAGAAAUUGAUGGACGCUCACUUGAAAUUUUUGACUGAAGCUUCUCAAAGAGACCAUAGAAAAAUUGGUAGAGAACAAGAAUUGUUUUUCUUCAAUGAAAUGUCACCAGGCUCUUGCUUUUGGUUACCUCACGGAACAAGAAUCUACAAUACAUUGGUUGAGUUGCUGAGAAGUCAGUACCAUAAGAGGGGCUACGAGGAAGUCAUCACACCAAAUAUGUAUAAUUCCAAGUUAUGGGAGACAUCUGGUCAUUGGGCUAACUAUCAAGAGAAUAUGUUUACUUUUGAUGUUGAGAAAGAAAGAUUUGGUUUGAAACCAAUGAACUGUCCAGGCCACUGUCUAAUGUUCAAAUCAAGAGAGCGUUCUUAUAGAGAAUUACCGUGGAGAGUUGCCGAUUUUGGUGUUAUCCAUAGAAAUGAAUUUUCGGGUGCAUUAUCUGGUUUAACUCGUGUCAGAAGAUUUCAACAAGAUGAUGCCCAUAUUUUCUGUAGACAAGAUCAAAUCGAAUCCGAAAUUGCAGGUAUCUUUGAUUUCUUGAAGUACAUGUACGGAGUCUUCGGUUUUGAAUUCAAGAUGGAAUUAUCUACAAGACCAGAAAAGUAUGUUGGAGACUUGAAGACUUGGGAUGCAGCCGAAGCAAAGCUAGAAUCAGCUUUGAACAACUGGGGCGGUAAAUGGGAAUUGAACCCAGGUGAUGGUGCUUUCUACGGUCCAAAGAUUGAUAUCAUGAUUUCGGAUGCUUUGAGGAGAUGGCACCAAUGUGCAACUAUUCAGUUAGAUUUCCAAUUGCCAAACAGAUUUGAAUUAUCAUUCAAGUCAAAAGAUAACGACGAGGCCGAAAGUUAUGAAAGACCAGUAAUGAUUCACCGUGCUAUUUUAGGUUCCGUGGAAAGAAUGACAGCUAUUUUAACUGAACAUUUUGCAGGUAAAUGGCCAUUUUGGAUAUCUCCACGUCAAAUCCUUGUCGUUCCCGUUGGUGUUAAAUAUCAAGAUUAUGCACAAUCUACACGUGAUAAGUUGCAUGAGGCAGGAUUUUAUGCCGAUGUGGAUUUGAGUGGUAACACUUUACAAAAGAAGGUUAGAAAUGGUCAAAUGUUAAAAUAUAAUUUCAUCUUCAUUGUGGGUGAACAAGAAAUGAAUGAAAAUUCCGUAAAUAUCAGAAAUAGAGAUGUCAUGGAACAGCAAGGAAAGAAUGCGACAGUAAAUGUUGAUGUCGUUAUAGAACAAUUGAAGGUUUUGAAAGAAACCAAAAGAGGUGAUAAUGUUUUAGCUUAA